AGUCAAAAUGUUUAGAUGUUUUGUUACUAUGGCAAAGGAACAUUGAAAUAUUCCUCAGUCUUAGCCCAGUCCUCCAUUGACGUUGCUUAGUAUAUUAGUUUUCUAGUAGUAAUUGUGUAUAAAACUGAAAAAAAAAAAAAAAAAUAAAACCAACAACAAUAGUACUUUACUGUAAGAGUAGCCCCCAGGGUUUGGCAUCACACGUUGCACUCAUACUGCCAAGCAGUUUGAUAAAUACAGACCUGAUCAUCUCAUUUCAUUCAUCAUUUUGUAGCUGGCUCAAGCUGAAAUGAAGAAGCCGAGACAAACAGCGUCAUCCUGUGGUGAGUCACUGGAAGUACAAAGGCAUCCAGAUGGCUCAUUGGAGAUGAAUCUCACAUCAGCUGGAAAGUGAAGGAGAGCAGGAAACUGCAAGUGGAAGAGACAAAAAGUUCCAGUCAACUCUGGGGAAAAAACCCAAAAAAAAACAACAUUUGUGUAUAACAGCUUGUUUUGUUUCUUCUUUCCACUCUCAUUUAUCUCUCAGCUGGGAAUAACUGGACUAAACAAUCGAACUGUAUUUAAAGAAGUUGAAAGUGGAUCCACCUACUGAAACACCAUGGAGAUGAUAAUACUCGUGGACAUUUAUUACUGUGCUAUUAAAACGUCCUGUGACUCUAAAGUCAGCGGCUGGUCGCUAGUAAAUGAAAUAUCUCACGAGUACUAAUCAGUCGUUAAUUUACAAAUUCAUCCUAAAACAACUGUGACAUGUAACUUUAACUAGAGGAUUAAAUUAUUUAGAGCAUUUCUUCUUGUCCGUGCUCGGCAAAUGAUAUUCCACGCGGAGGUGUUUCAGGACAGCAGUUAAGGACUGAAUAAGCAGAUGACAAAAUGGUUGAAACUUAAAUUUGGAUUUACACAACAUAUUUGAUUUUUUGUUGAUUUUUGUUUUGUCUUUGGAGAAGAGUUAAUAUUCCCGCAGGAAAUUGGUGAUACGACCCGAAGUGAGAUUUAAAAACUUAGAAAUGUAGCGGAAGAAAAUGUCCUCUGCCGGAAUUUUAUAGUGGGACACCAGGCGGAAGUGGUUUGUUUUUUUGUUUUGAUUUUUAAAGCCAUUAGUUGUGUUGUCGUGUUUCUAUGUUUGUGGACCGAAAUGCAAGACGUUUGAGUUGUGUCGUGUCCCGGAUAAAUAUUUGAGCUGUUGAAGUAACAAUGUCUUCAUCUGAGAGUUUGAGAGAGUUGGUCAUCGAGCGACUAACUGCUGCUGCUGAAGAAAUAUUCGGACUCUUUGAAAGAACUGUCGUCCAGUACGAGGAAGAGAUCGAUCGUCAUCGCAGACUGCUGGAUAUCACCUGGAAACCUGAGAUAAAGUUACACAGAAUAGACCUCCCACAGCAACGUGUUUGCACAGAGGAGGAGGUUCUCACUGAGGAGCAGCUCUGUAACCAGGAGAGGAACCCUAGUUUGGACCAGGAGGAACCAGAACCUCCACAGAUUAAAGAGGAACAAGAGGAAUCAGAACCUCCACAGAUUGAAGAGGAACAGGGAGAACCAGAACCUCUAGUGAUAAAAGAGGAACAAGAGGAACCAGAACCUCCAGAGAUAAAGGGGGAAUGGGAGGAACCAGAAUCUCCACACAUUAAAGAGGAACAGGAGGAAUCAGAACCUGUAAAGAUAAAAGAGGAGCAAGAGGAACCAGAAGUUUCAGAGAUGAAAGAAAAACGGGAGGAACCAGACCCUCCGCAAUUUAAAGACGAACAGGAGGUAUCUGAGAGCCCAGAUCUGGAAGGAAUCAACCAUGUGGACUCAGGAUCAACUGGAAAUGCAGAGCUGAAUACAAAGAAGAGACGUCAUGGAGACACAAGUCACAGUAACAAUGUAGACAACUCCUCUUUGUCACAGAGUCAUUGUGAUGCUGACACAGGUACAAAGUCUGUAACGUGUGACAUUGGUGGAAAAGCUUUUAGGAACAAGUGUGGAAUGAAGAAACAUUACAGAUUUCACACAGAUGAGACACCUUAUCAUUGCAAAAAAUGUGGUAAAAGUUUCAGGAAAAGGAGUGAUUUGAUUCCGCACAGCAGGAAUCACAUCGGUGAAAAACCACAUUCUUGCAAAUCAUGUGGGAAACAUUUCAGUCAAACUAUUGAUUUGAAUAAGCACAUGAGGACGCAUACAGGUGAGAAGCCAUACAGUUGUGACACAUGUGGGAAAUCCUUCAGUAAAAGUAAUGGUUUAAAAAGACACAUGAGGAUUCACACAAGUGAGAAGCCGUAUAGUUGUGAGACAUGUGGUAAAACCUUCACUCAGAGAAGUACUUUAACAAACCACAUGAGGACUCACACAGGUGAAAAGCCGUAUGGUUGUGAGACAUGUGGUAAAACCUUCAAUCAAAGUAUAGCAUUAACAUACCACAGGAGGACUCACACAGGCGAGAAGCCGUACAGUUGUGAGACAUGUGGUAAAACCUUUAUUGUAAGAUGUAAUUUAAUGAGGCACAUGAGGACUCACACAGGUGAGAAGCCAUACAUUUGUGGCACAUGUAGUAAAACCUUCACUCAAAGAAGUACUUUAACGAAGCACAUGAGAACUCACACAGGUGAGAAGCCGUACUCUUGUGAGACAUGUGGGAAACAUUUCAGUAACGCUAGUAAUUUAAGGACACACAUGAGGAUUCACACAGGUGAGAAACCGUACAGUUGUGACACAUGUGGUAAAACCUUCUUUCAAAGAAGUGCUUUAAUGAUGCACAUGAGAACUCACACAGCUUCAUCUGGCCUGCCUCCACUUUGCUUGACACUUCGACUCCGCCCCUGAGACUGAUUGGAGCUUCCUUGAUCUACGACUAUCGGUCAAACUUUAGCCAAUCCUCGUGCCCUGGAUGGACCAUGGCUAUUAAAGUGCAGACUUUCUGGCACUUGCCAGUAUAUAGGGUUGUCCACCUAGGUUUACACAUGCUGUGCCAUUUUGGCAUUAGUCUCAUUCAUCACCGUUUUGUUGUGUGUUGGCCUUAUUCCUAUAGUGUUGCUUCUGUCAUAAAGAAAGAUGUCUGGGCCAAGUGUUUUGUGUUAGUUUGUUGUUUUUGUUUUAUGGGACUCAGAGCCCCUUUGUUCUUUGUUGGUGUUAACCUUUCUCCUUCCACCGUUACCUCAAACAAUUGUGCUCUGACGGAGUCCUUUUUUUUCCUUACGUUUUGUACAUUUUCAGGCAAAAAUCUUGAGUUUGUAUUAAUCCCACUAGACGCCUGAUAAUAAACAACAUUUUAGUUCCA